AGUUCAUCACUAGAAAAACAAAUAUGGCGGAGCCGUGCGUAAAAGUAAAAAAAGUGUAAAAUUUUGCUGUUUAACCGACUCUGGCAAAGUAAUUUCGCGUUGAAACCGCAAAUUGGCAACUGCUCCAUUCGUUAAAUAAAAAUCCCUACCUCUGGCGAACUAGGAACUGUUUUUGCGCCUUGCGCCAAUGUUUGUAGAGUGCUGCUAUGCGAUUUGUGCUCCAAUUUGUUAUUACGUGACCUCAAGAACGCCGCAAAAAUUCGCCAGGCAAAAUUGAAAAUAGUCCAACGCGAGUGCAUUAAAAAAGGGACUUGUAGCUGGCGGCAAGUGAUUGCAAGCAGGCGCAAUGCAUGUACAUGCGUUUAAGUGCGCCGAAAUAGAGCUAAACCGCAUCAAAAAGAUCGCCUGAGAUGCCAAGGGGCUUGCCGGCGGGAAACAGCAAGUGCGACGACAACUAGGACAGCCCCAAAGGAGCCAAGAGAGCCAUGUCCGGGGGACGCGACAGUAGCAAUAGCAGCGGGAGCAACUCCGCUGCGGCGGGAAGCAAUGCCAAUGCCACCUCCUCAUCAUCCGCAUCCUCCGCCACCGGAGCUAACGCCACCUCGCCCGCGUCUACGCAACGGCAACGCGGAAGACCGGCCAAGCGGGCCACUUGCACGUGGUGCGGCGAGGGGAAGCUGCCUCUGCAGUACGUCUUGCCUACGCAAACUGGCAAGAAGGAGUUCUGCUCGGAGACCUGCAUCGCCGAGUUCCGCAAGGCUUAUAGCAAGGGGGCGUGCACCCAGUGCGAUAACGUCAUCCGCGAUGGAGCGCCCAACAAGGAGUUUUGCUCCAUCAUGUGCAUGAACAAGCACCAGAAGAAGAACUGCUCCACCAGGCACAGCGGUGGCUCAACAUCGGGCAAGGGUCUGGCGGAGAGCGAGCGCAAGUUGCUGGCCAGUGGAGCGCCCGCGCCGACGGGGCCCUUCCAAUACGAGAGCUUUCACGUCUUCAACUGGGAUGCCUAUUUGGAGGAAACGGGUAGCGAAGCUGCUCCUGCAGAAUGUUUCAAACAGGCUCAGAAUCCUCCCAACAAUGACUUUAAGAUCGGCAUGAAGCUGGAAGCACUAGAUCCACGCAACGUUACAUCCACCUGCAUUGCCACCGUAGUUGGAGUGCUGGGCUCCAGACUGAGGCUACGUUUAGACGGGAGUGACUCACAAAAUGACUUUUGGAGGCUAGUGGACUCCACCGAAAUUCAUGCCAUUGGGCACUGCGAAAAGAAUGGUGGCAUGCUGCAGCCACCGCUGGGAUUCCGCAUGAACGCCUCCAGCUGGCCUGGUUAUCUGUGCAAGAUCCUUAACAAUGCCAUGGUGGCGCCAGAGGAUAUCUUCCAGCCAGAGCCGCCUUCGCCAGAGGAAAACCUAUUCAAGGUUGGCCAGAAAUUGGAGGCGGUAGAUAAAAAGAACCCGCAGCUGAUUUGCUGUGCCACCGUUGACGCCAUCAAGGAUGAUCAGAUCCAUGUGACCUUCGAUGGCUGGCGAGGGGCAUUCGACUAUUGGUGCAAUUACCGAUCGCGUGACAUUUUUCCCGCCGGUUGGUGUGCGCGGAGUUGUCACCCCAUGCAGCCACCGGGUCAUAAAUCCCGCAUGGACUCAAGCUCCAGCAAGCAGCGAGGUCCACGUCCCCGCUACACAGUGGUAACGGAAUCGGAGGCUAUGGUCCCCGCUUCUCCGGCUACUGCCCACUUCCAUCCCAACUGCAAGGGCGGUCCGUUCAUCAACAACUCAAAGUUGCCGUGCAUGGUGACGGGGCCCACAUACCAAACGCUGGCCAAGUUGUGUCUGCAGGAGGUUUUGGCAGCCAGCACGGACACGCAACAGCUUUCCAAGCUUCUGUUUGCAUUGGAAGGAGAUGUUCACAUCGUAACGGCAGCGGGAAAGAAUUUUACAGUUAAAAUACCUUCGCCGCUGCGCAUGAAGGAUGACGAGAGCCUGGCGCAAUUCAUCGAAACAUUGUGUACUACAUGCCGAGCAUGUGCGAAUCUCAUCUCCCUGGUUCACGAGACGGAGGAGUGCAAAAAGUGCGCCAACAGUCGAAAGCGCCAGUUGACCCAAUCGGCUACACCGCCCACUUCACCAGUGCUCUCCGACAAGCGACAUCGUCACUCGAGUUCGGCAACGACUCCACCCUCUGAGAAGGUGAUCAAGCAGGAAGUGGGUGUUAAAUCGCCCGCGGAGACCAAGCCGAAAACGCCGACGAACAACGGAAAGGAGCCUUCUAACCACCAGAACAACCACAGUCACAACAACAAUAGUGCCAGUAAGCCCAGCACAAAGGCGAUCAUUAAAACAGAGAACGGAGUGGCCCCACAGACGUCAUCCACAACGCAGGCUUUGCGGAAAGUACGCUUCCAGCACCGCGCCAACAGCAAUAGCAGUGUGACCAAUGGAAGCCUGGACGCGAGUCAGUCAACGCCCGUUUCCACCAGCCAGUGCAGCAGCUCGACAACAUCAUCUAGCACAAGUCUGGCCGGCGGAUCGGCCAACACAAGCUCAAUUGGCAAAUACCUAGCGCCACUGGUGGCCGAAGUGCAUCCGGAGCAGGUCAACGUGAAGCCCUCGAACAACUACUACAAGAGUCCUACGACACUCUCAUCCAGCGCCUCAUUGCCCACAUCCGUGUCCACGCCUUUCACGGGCUGCCAGUCAGCCUCGUCCACUGCACUGGCUGCAGGCGGAGUUACGGCGGCUAAGGCGGCCACCGCUCCGGCAGGGGCAGCGGAAACGGCGGCUUCGACGAGCUACACAGCGAUUACCUCACCCCUGAGCACACCCACGUCUGCUUCGGCGAACUCGCAUCUGCGGUCGCAGCCCAUCGACUGGACCAUCGAAGAGGUGAUUCAGUACAUCGAGAGCAACGACAAUUCCCUCGCAGUGCAUGGCGAUCUCUUCCGAAAGCAUGAAAUCGAUGGUAAAGCUUUAUUAUUGCUAAAUUCAGAAAUGAUGAUGAAGUACAUGGGCCUAAAGCUAGGACCAGCCUUAAAAAUCUGCAAUUUAGUCAAUAAGGUCAAUGGUCGUCGAAAUAAUAUGGCACUCUAAAAUAACACAGACUUGCAAGCAGAGAACUCUUGUUGAGUUGGACUUACAUAGAAAUUGUUAACAAAUUAGUACCUCCCUCUAAUGUAAAGCGAAACAAACAUGAACAACAUUCGAUGAUAUGUUAUGUGUUGGCUAUUCCCGAAGAAAAUAACCCUUCACCUUAUUUUAUUAUAUCGAUAAUAUAAAUCAAAGGCGCAAAAUCGAAUAUAAGCGCGAAACAUAAAUUCCCUAUUCAAAACGAACGCAUAACAAAUUGUAAACAGCCAUGCUCCGGUUUUCAAAACCGUAAUUUUUAGUUUUUGUUUAUAUUUUUUGAAAAACGCCUUAACGAUUGCAAUUAGGUACCUAAAUUUAUAAAAUGUCUAUCACGCGAAAUUUGUAUUUGAAUACAAACUUUGUAGAUGUGGGCUGUAUAAUCUACUCGAAUUAGGCAAGUCUUUAAUUAUACAUAUAUUCAAAUUUGCCCAGUAAAAAAGUAUACGUGCAUAAAUUAUAUUAAGUAGAGCCCGCAAUUCCUAAAAAAGUGAAAUAAUUUUUAAUUUUUUUAUGAUGCUCAUUUCUUUGAAAACUGGAGUUAGGCUACCAAAAACGCAGUGCACAUACAUUAUAUUUAUUACACAUAAACACGCACAUUAGACACCAAAAUCUAUCCGACACAAAAAUGAUAUUUAAGAAUAGACGAAAAAACAAACAAAUAUAAAAUGAAUGUACAUAUUUUACAUAUAAUUUUGUAAUUAUGUAUCAAUUGCGUUUCCUAACUAUAACACUAUUUAAUUAGUCAUUAAACAACAUGAUGAUAUAUUUUCUAUUAAGUUACAAAAAUUGAAAAUCAAUUUUUAGUUAAAUCAAGAGCAGAUUAAGGUACUUUUCGAAAUUAAGAACAGCUUCCUUUUAAAGUUUUGCAAUAUGUGCGAUAUAAUGAGUAACAUUCGUUCGUGUAAAGUAUUGCAAUAAGUCUCAUUAUGUUUAUUCAACAACCACUUACAAAAUACAAAACUUAAAUAGA